GAUGCCCCUGGUGUAUGCGCUUGUAUGUGAGCGCAGUGCGAGGUAACAGGAGAUGGUGAAUGGAUUGCCGGACAGAGGCGCGGUGUGUCGUGUGGUGUCGGGAUGGGUGGUGUCAGUGAGGAGACAGUGGAGUGGAGCUUGGACGCUGCGUUUUGCCGAUGUCUUGGCUGCCGUAAUCCCAGCCACUAGUAGCAACUUGGACCCUUUGCGUGGCUGGACAAGCUGGACAGGCUGUUUUGUUGAAGCGCGACAGGACUGUACCAACCCACGCCGAUUGAUAGCAAUCCAACUGCACCAUCUGCCACUGUAGACUCUGCAACUACCCCCGGCAAACAAUGGCCGACGCCCGAACUCUCUUGCGGCAACAACGUGCAGCACGCCAGCAGGCCCAGAAGCCCCAGAAGCAGUCUCCGGCACCCGCAGCAGCACCAACAGCGAAGAAGCGGAAGGCUCCUGAUCAGGGCGGAGAGGAAAAGAAGCGUACGCGAACCGAGGAGGAGGCGGGCGUUCCGGCCGGUUUCUUCGAUGCGGGCGCGACAAACGACGACAACGACAACGACAACGACCAAGUCGCGCCUGCCCUAGUAGAAGAGAGCCCAACAGUCGCAGACAUUCAACCUCCCAAGCCUCCCGCACCCGUAGACCCGCCGCUCGAUGCUGCGGCUCAAGCAGAGCUCGAUGCCUUCAUGACUGAAAUGAGCACAGAGAAGCCGACCCCACAGCCGGCCAAGUCCGCCUAUUCAGGUGCCGUCAUAGAAGCAGCACCCAUGACAGCUGCCCAGCUCGCUGCUCAAGUACGAGAAGAACAGAGUGAACAACGCGCCAAGAGGGACGAAGAAAUGGAGGGAGAGAAGGAAGAUGCUGCGCGGGCUCUCGAGGACGAGUUUGAAGAGAUGGAAGGACUCGAGGAGAGAGUUAAGAGGCUACGUGAGCAGAGAGAGGCGUUGCGGUCGGUGUCUGGACGGCCAGGCGAUGUACAAAACCAGGAGCCUGCAGCUCCUCAGAAUGAAGAAGAUGAGGAAAGCGAGUCGGAGGAUGAGGACUGGGACGACUGGCGGUUUCGCCCCGCCUAAGCGUUGUUGCUGCGUGUAGUCAGCAAAGUAUUUAGCGGUCAGCGCAUGUAUUAUAGUAUAGCAUACCACAUUGGCGAUACCCGGGGCAGGCGUUUACAAGCACUAAUCCAAUGACUUCUUUCUAACAGGGCAGCCCCUGUUAUGACCAAUCCACCCAUGAUUCAACAUGUGGAUCGCCCGGCAACCAAUUACUACUCAAAAUAUAGCACCCAUAGGCAGAUGGUAUAAAAGUAAUUCUGGUCACAUAGGAGGGGUGGUGGCAUGCGGUGCCAAGCCGAGCGUCAUUGUUAGGGCACACCAAACGCUUCAGGCACGAAUGAAACAGCCC